UAUGGCGGCCAUCGGGAAGGUGACAUGCCGCCUCUCCUCGCUCAGCCUCUCUGGCAGCUCGAGAGUCUCUUUCGGGAUCCACAGACGGCUCUCCGGGACGUCGGACAGUGAGCAGACUGUCCCCGAAAAACCAAAGUCUGGCUUCGCUGCUGCCUUCGACUUUCAGUCCGAGCUCCAGCGGGAGGCCGAGGACGGGGCUGACAAGAGCAGCGCGUCUCCCGCCAGCCGGGAAAGCUUCGCCGCGAUGCUCCGCCGAUCCCCGCUGAUCCAGAUGGGUCCGGCCAAGGAUAAGGUGGUGGUCGGAAAGAUUUUCCACGUAGUGCAGGACGACCUCUACAUUGACUUCGGCGGGAAGUUUCACUGUGCGUGUCGGCGACCGGAGGACGGAGAGACGCUGCAUCGGGGGAGCAGAGUCCGUAUUCGGCUCCAGGACCUGGAGCUCACCUCCCGUUUCCUCGGAGCCAGAACUGAUACCACGCUCCUUGAAGCCCAAGCUGUUCUGCUAGGCCCAGUGGACUCUCAGAGCCGAACCUGAUCGAAUGAACACAUUUGAAUGCCAAUAAACUUCAUGCAUCUAUUGUAACCCCAGUGACCAGUCUGUUGUUCAAGUUCUCCUUCAGUCACUCACUCAGGGGACUUCAGACCACAAGAGCAGACAAUCUAACGGUUUAUUUAAAUAAAAAUUACAAUCUUGUACAUGUUUUUUCAGGGUGUGUCAAAACUGUAGCCACUCGUUCAUGUAGAUGCAGGUUGACGGUGAAAUCUCUCCGCCCUCGUGACAGUCGUCAAACACCUGAGGAGAGAGUGUGUAAGAAAGACAGCAGGCUGUU